CGUGGUUGUGAUAAAUCAUAAUUGAGGGUGGUGGAUUAAUUUGUCUCAAAUAUGUUUUUGGGCUUGGUUGUCAAAUAAACAUAAUUCAAGGAAAAAGAUGCAAAUUACCUAUUUAUAGAGUCGGAUUAAUUUAGGGCCGGAGUCGAAACUCGAAACACUCCUUUUAACGCUCUAUCUCGCGUCUCAACUCAACCGCCCUAAACCCCUUCCGCCACCCUUUUCCUCACACGGAGGGAAAAAAAUCACGCACAACUCUUUCACCUAAAAUCCAAGCCUCUCCUUCCUUAAACCCUAGAAGAGAUACUCCCUCGCUUUCUAAUCAACCGAGCUCUCAAACAUGGCGACUCAUUCAGAUGCUAUGGCAGUAAAGUCUCUCAACACAGCUGGUGGCCGCCGCCGUUUUGCUUUCAAGUCUAUUUCACAAAAAAUAGAGGAAAUCUACGUGGAUGUAUACCGGAGUCUCGACCCGUUGAAAGCCGAACCGUCGGAAGGUUCUUCGUUUUUCCGUGACAGUCUUGCAGAAUAUAGGGAGCUAAACACUGCGGAAGACUUUAUAUCGUUGUAUGAGGAAACUUUUCCUCUGGUGCAAACAUUACCGCAAAUAAUCUUGCAGAAGGAUCUGAUUAUAUCAAGCCUUUUGUCUAGAUUGAAAAUGGAAGGGAGAUUAUCCCAUGAACCUAUACUGAGGUUGAUCGCUGCUUUAUCUAGAGAUCUUCUGGGGGAUUUCGUACCUUUUCUUCAAAGAAUUGCCGAUUCUUUGGAAUCUCUUCUUGAAAGUGGUGCUGAUAGGGAUCCGGAGAUAAUUGAGCAGAUAUUAACAUCAUGGUCGUAUAUCAUGAUGUACCUGCAGAAGUAUCUUGUAAGAGAUGUUGGUCAUGUUCUAAGAAUUACUAGGAAAUUAAGGUACUAUCCAAAAGAUUAUAUUCGGGAAUUGAUGGCCGAGUCAGUUUCAUUUUUGUUAAGGAAAGCACCAGUUCAGCAGCUGAAGAAAGGUAUUACGAAACUUAUGACUGAAGUUGUAGAAGAACCAUCGGAAAUGAGAAAAUCUGGUGCUGGUGCAUUGAUAUCUCAUGCUAUAAGAAUUUCCUCAUCGAAACUGCACUCCAAGACUGAAAUGUUAAUGCCCAUGCUGGUGGAUGAUUCUACCUUUCAAAUUGGUGAUCAAAGUGUUGAAGGCUCAAGAGCUGUUCUUGAAGUUCUUAUUCUGGCCUUCAAGAGACUUUACGCAGAGCUAGAUCACGAGGAACUAACAUUUAUAUGGAGAUGUUUGUGUGGCAAAAUAACAGAUUCAGUGACAAUUUCAAGCUCCAGAUACCUGAAUCACCUUUUGACCCUACUUAUAUCUGUCGUGCAAAAUGGUCAUCUGGGGAAAGCUUCUGAUUAUGAACCCUUGGUCGAAGUAGCUGACCUGCUUGUGCAGAAUUUUGUUAAUCCUUUUCUUGCCAAGAAGGAUGUGGACCCACACCGUGAGGUUAUUGAUAGUGUCCUGCAACUAAUUGUUUGCAUCAUUGAUGGUCUCUCCUCUUCGAAGAACAUGCCUGCUCUGCUGCGGGUUUCUUCACAAUGGGAGUCAGUAUUUGAUUUAAGGAGUCAUAGUUUACUGAAAUUCAUUGAAGAUCUUCUGAUGAAGGACCCUAGUGUCUUCAAUAUCUUUGGAAUGCAUAUUAUGUGUGCAUUGAAUAAUUUGGUAGAAAAUUCACAUGAAGAAGUUUUAUAUAUAAUGAUAAAUUUCUCUGAGAAAUUGGAAGGGAUGGAUUCUAACUUAUUGGAUGUGAAAUCCAUGGAAAAGACAAAAAAGAUCCAUGUUGUCUGGGAAGAGACUCUUAAGUAUUGGCAUGCGAAGAUCAACGAAGCUAUAAAAGGAAAUUCGUUUCCUAUUUCAUUUCCAAAAAAUAGCUUGGCAAUCCUAUGGGGCGUUAUUCAGUGUUAUUCUCGUUUUGAUGCCCAAGCAAAUCCAUCCUUGUUGAUGGACUUGAUAGAUGCAAUUGAUGAGCUUUUGAUAAUGGAAUCAAUGUUUGCAGGCUACCAGCAAAACACUUGGCAUAGCUUGAUUGGUGCAGCUUUGCGUUCUUAUCACAAGAUAGUUUUUCAAGGAAAUUAUGUUCGUGAAGAGUCUGCCUUGACCAAAUUCUUGGUUCUUGCGAGAAGAUAUAAGUUGUCUCCUCAAAUAUUAUCUGCCGUAGCCGAUAUUUUGGAUUCUAUGUCUUCGUCUUUCGUUCAACCAGAUAGAAAAGGCAAAUUUUAUCUUCCAGAACAUAUAGCUGGAAAUGUGUUGGAGGCUCUGGACAUAUUCGCUGAAAAUCUAAGCCACACGAACAAAGAGAUCCGCCUUUAUAGCUUGCGCAUAUUGUGCUAUUAUGAACCCAUACAUAAUAAACAAUCCAAGGAAGAAAUUCCGGUUGAAAAUUAUGCAAGAAUAGAUGAUGAUGAGAAUGUUGACGAAUUUUCUAAUGAUGUUCUCAACCUUCUCAAAUCAAUUGAGGAGACCUCCCUUUCGAUUGCGACGAGCCGUAAAGUAAUUCUACUUAUAUCUAAAAUACAGAUGAAUCUGAGUGCUCGGAGAAUUGCUGAUCAGUAUAUACCUGUUGUUCUGAACGGGAUUAUUGGCCUAUUCCAUAACCGGUUUAGCUAUUUGUGGAAUCCAGCCUUAGAGUGCCUAACUAUCCUGAUUGGCCAAUAUUUCCGGUUGGUAUGGAGCAGAUGUGUUAAGUUUCUUGAAAAUUGUCAAUCUAUUUUUCUAGCAUCUCAUCAUCAGCAUGGUGGAGGCGAUAGUGAUUCUAACAAGGAUACUGGUUUGGUUGGAUGCUUCAACUCUGAGAUCUCUCCUCUAUUUGAUAGCACUCCACAUGCAACAGUUUUGUCCCUCUUGAUUCAAUCAUUGCAGAAAGUUCCAUCUAUAGCAGAAUCUCACUCUCAGCAAAUAGUUCCUCUUUUUCUGCAAUUUUUGGGCUACAGCCCUGAUGAAACAAGCAAUGUUGCAUCUCAUACCUUGGAUCAUAAAGGAAAAGACUGGAAGGGGGUACUUAAAGAGUGGUUAAGCUUGUUCAGAUUGCUGCGAAAUCCGGAGGCCUUUCAUCGGGGUCUAUUCUUAAAGGAGGUUCUUCUAUAUAGACUUCUUGAACAGAAUGAUGCUGAUGUACAGAUGAAAGUUCUUGACUGCCUUUUAAAUUGGAGAGAUGACUUCUUACUUCCAUAUAGUGAGAAUCUGAAAAAAUUAAUAGAUGCAAAAUAUCUAAGGGAGGAACUUUCAAAGUGGAGCUUAUCGAGAAACUAUAUGGAUGCCAUCGACGUGCGGCACAGAGCUUACCUUGUACCGAUUGUUAUAGGUGUGCUAAUUCCAAAAGUUCGAAAUUUGAAAAUGCUUGCUUGCCAGAAGGGUGCAGGUGUACAUCAUCGAAGGGCAGUUCUUGGAUUCUUAUCUCAGCUUGAUCUUGAUGAGCUUCCUCUUUUCUUCUGGCUGUUAGUUAAGCCCCUACUUACUAAUUCCCAAAGAGAUGAUGAACCCAGAAAAAGUUUUUUGAAUUUAACUCAGGGUCCCAACAAUGAAGCUGAUAUAUCUUAUUUCUUGAGCCAUUUUACCCCAGAUUCCGUAAAAGCGCUAACCUGGAAGAAGAAAUAUGGCUUUCUGCAUGUUAUUGAAGAUAUUUUAGCAGUUUUUGACGAAUCUCACCUUAAUUGUUUUCUUAAUCUUCUGAUGAACUGCGUUGUCCGGAUCUUAGCAAGCUGCACAUCAUCUAUUGGCACUAGAAAUAGUGGAUUGUCUUCCAUAGAUAACUGUUCUGGCUUGGAUUUGAAUGCAGAUGACCAUGCCGAAGUGGAGGAUCAAACCAUGGAGAGAAUGGCUGUGAAGCAAUUCAGGGACUUGAGAUCCUUAUGCCUUAAGAUCAUACAUCUUGUUCUUGGUAAAUAUGCGAGCCAUGAGUUUGAUGGUGCAUUUUGGGACCUUUUUUUCGUAUCAAUUAAACCCUUAAUUGCUAAAUUUAAGCAAGAAGGUGCCAGUAGCAAGAAGCCAAGCUCGCUGUUUUAUUGCUUUUUAGCAAUGAGUAAAAACUACAAACUCGUGCCACUAUUAUUCAGGGAGAGUAAUCUCGUGCCUGAUAUUUUUUCCAUGCUUAACAUCCCGUCAGCUUCUGAAUGGAUUGUGUCCUGUGUUCUGAAGUUCACUAAGAAUUUGUUGAAGCUCGACAGCGAACUGGGUAGCGAAGACAUUGGUGUCAGAAUAGUUUCGCCUUCUCAUCUUGAUCUGCUCAUAACCAACUUGCAUAGUUUUUUCACAAAUUACAAAGCUACUAAGAGGCAGUUAGUCAAUUUCCCAGGCAAAAGGGAAUUUACUAUCUUCAACUUGCUAUCAAAGUAUGUAAAAGAACCUCCAACAGCCAAAAAAUUUGUGGAUAUAUUGCUCCCACUACUUACAAAAAGACACCAGAAUUUCGAUACCUGUGUUGAUAUAUUGCAAAUCGUCCGAGAAGUGGUAACGGUGCUGGAGAGUGGGAUUAGUGAAAACAUUAUAAAAUCAAUUACACCACUUCUUAUCUCAGCAGGUUUGCCUGUCCGUAACUCUAUAUGUGAUGUUCUUGAUGCUGUCGCAGCAAAUGAUUCUUCUGUGCUUGUAUUGGCAAAAAUUCUUCGUGAACUAAAUGCAACCUCAGAAAUGGAGAUGGGUGGUCUCGAUUAUGACAAAAUAAUCUGUGCUUAUGAAAAGGUUAAUGUAGAAUUCUUUUACACCAUUCGGGAAGAACAUGUGUGGCCAAUCUUGGCUCACUCUGUUCAUGGCAUGUCAUCUGAAGAGUCGACCAUACGAAAUUGUGCGUUCGGAUUGUUGAAAUCUUUCAUUGCUUUUUCUGAUGAGAUCCUUAAUGGAGCGUCAAAAUCUGACCAUAUGUGGUCUGAAGCAAGCAUUCAUCGCAUAGUGAAAGAUUUUCUCUUGAAGCAUAUGGGAAGUGCAAUGGACAAGGAAGGUGCAGUAAAAAAGGUGUGGUUUGAUUUACUUCAAGAAAUGGUGUUGAAGCUCCCCAACGUGGCAAACCUUGAUUCAUACAGGGUUCUAUGCAGUGAUGAUGCAGAACAAGAUUUCUUCGGCAACAUAGUUCACUUACAGAAACACAGGAGAGCAAAGGCUGUGAGACGUCUUAAAAGCUGCGUCUGUUCAGGAACUCUAUCAGAGGCCAUCACCAAUGAAGUGUUUGUUCCAAUGCUUUUUAGCAUGUUGUUUGGUGCGGAAAUUGGAAAAGACGAAAAUAUCAUAAGCGCGUGCUUGGAAGCCCUGGGAUCAAUUUCUGGUUGCUUUAAAUGGGAUAAGUAUUAUAAGUUGCUGUUGAGAUGCUUCCGUGAUUUGCAACGAAAACAAGAUAAGCAGAAGAUUCUGUUGCGCCUUAUGUGUUCUAUCCUUGAUCAUUUCCAUUUUUCAGAAUCAUCUUUGGUCCAUGAAGCCAAAGUACCUGCUUGUGAUGCUCCUGAUCCGUAUACCAUUGAUAUGGCUACUUCAUUAACAUUGAGAAAGUGUACUAGUUCUGCGGAACUUCCUAGGAUACAGAUGUCGUUGCAGAAAGAUCUAUUCCCCAAGAUUCAAAAGUUGUUGGCAUCGGAUACUGAAAAUGUCAAUGUCAUUAUCAGCCUAGUUGCACUUAAAAUUCUAAAAUUGCUUCCUGGUGAAAUCUUGGACUCACAGCUUCCGACUAUUGUUCACCGCAUUUCAAACUUUCUAAAACAUAAAAUGGAAAGUGUACGUAAUGAAGCUAGGUCUGCAUUGGCUGUUUGCUUGAAGGAAUUAGGGAUCGAGUACUUGCAAUUUAUUGUCAAAGUGAUGAAGAGCACAUUAAAGCGAGGUUCUGAAUUGCACAUACUAGGAUACACUCUCAAUUUCUUAUUAUCAAACUUUCCCGUGAAUCAAAUAAGUGGAAAGGUGGAUUACUGUUUAGAUGAACUCCUCUCUGUUGUAGAGAAUGAUAUACUUGGGGAUAUUUCUGAGCAGAAAGAGGUGGAAAAGUUGGCUUCAAAAAUGAAAGAAACUAGAAAGCAAAAGUCUUUUGAAACACUCAAGACGAUUGCUCAGAGCAUUACUUUCAAGUCUCAUGCUCUGAAACUGCUUUCACAUGUUACAGUUCACCUGCAGAAGCAGCUUACCCAGAAAGUGAAGCUGAAAUUGGAGAAUAUGUUAAAUAACAUAGCUGCUGGUAUUGAACACAAUCCAUCUGUGAAUCAGACUGAACUCCUUGUAUUUGUCAACUGCCUUAUUAAAGAUGGUGUCUGUGAUGAAGGUAAUGAAUAUGGAAAUAGUGGUGCUUCGAGGACAGGUAAACCUGACAGAUAUGAUGAAGGUGUCCAAGCAAUUCAAACCAACAGAUUAUUAAAUGUUGAUCAACGGUUUUCUCAUCUGAUAACAGCAUUUUCUCUUGGAGUCCUUCAGAACCACAUGAAAAAACUGAAUCUUAAAGGGGUGGAUGAACAAUUAUUAUCACUGCUAGACCCUUUUGUCAAUUUAUUGGGUCAAUGCUUGAGUUCCAAGUAUGAAAACAUUGUAAUUGCUGCACUUAGAUGCUUGACUCUGCUAGUCAGGUUGCCUUUGCCAUCGCUUCAAUCCCAAGCGGACAAGAUAAAAAGCUCAUUGUUCGUGAUUGCACAAUCUUCAGUAAAUGCUAGAAGUCAAUUGACAGAGGCAUGUAUCACGACGUUAACAAUGCUUCUGCGAAGUACUAGAGUUACUCUUUCAGCUGAUCAGUUGCAUAUGUUGAUCCAGUUCCCUUUGUUUGUUGAUUUCGCUAAAAAUCCCUCGCACGUUGCUCUUUCACUUCUGAAAGCUAUUGUACAGCGAAAGCUAGUAGUUCCCGAGAUAUAUGAUAUUGUCCAGAUUGUCGCAGAAUUAAUGGUACAAAGCCAACUUGAACCAGUUCGUAAGAAGAGUAGUAAAAUCCUACUUCAGUUUUUGCUUGGGUACCAUCUUUCUGAGAAGCGAUUACAACAACAUCUUGAUUUCUUGCUUGCGAAUUUAAAGUAUGAGCAUCCCAGUGGAAGAGAAGCUGUUCUUGAGAUGCUCCAUGCUAUUAUAAAAAAAUUUCCACGGAAUGUUGUAGAUGCACAAUCACAAACAAUGUUUGUGCAUUUGGUCAUGUCCUUGGUGAAUGAUGAUGACAGCAAAGUUCGUUCCAUGUCUGCUGCUGCAAUAAAGUGUCUUAUUGAGCAUGUGAGCACGAAUUCGCUACACUCCACUCUAGAGUAUAGUCUAUCCUGGUACCUCGGUGGAAAACAAAAUCUAUGGGGUGCUGCAGCUCAGGUUUUGGGUUUACUGGUGGAAGUUAUGGGAAAAAGUUUCGAAAAACACCUAUGUAGAUUGCUCCCAGUAAUGAGAAGCAUUUUCCAGUCUGCUGUCAGUGCCAUUGAAUCAAAUCAACAAAGUCCAUCAGAUGAAGCAGUCCUUCCAUUCUGGAAGGAGGCUUAUUACUCAUUGGUGAUGCUGGAGAAAAUGUUAUCUCAUUUUCAUAACAUGUUCUUUGAUACGGAUCUUGAGGAUAUAUGGCAAACCAUUUGUGAAUUUCUGUUGCAUCCUCACUUGUGGUUGCGCAGCAUAUCAAACCGAAUUUUGUCCAACUACUUUAAUGCAGUAACCAAAGCUUGCCAAGACAAGCGUGAAGUGUCAGCAGGAACAUUCUUCCUUAUGAAACCAAGCAUACUUUUCCUUGUAGCUGCUUCUUCAUGUCAUCAAUUGAAGGUACCGCCGGCUGACGAUAAAGCUGGCGACAUUGUGAAGAAAAACCUCGAGUUUUCAAUUUGCGGUCUCCAUUCAUUUUUAGAAAGGAACGAAUGCACAGACAUGCAUAAGUUCUGGUCCAACCUUGACCAAGUUGAGCAAGACCGUUUUCUUAAAGCUUUUGUUGUUCUUGAUCCAAGCAAAGGAAGGAGGACACUUUCGUCUUUCACCUCUGAAGCCAGUGGUCCGCAUAGUCAACAUCACCAUCCAUUAAUUUCUUUCUUGCUUCAGAGAAUGGGAAAGAUUUCCAUUCAGAUGGAAGACACUCAGAUGAAAAUUGUCUUCAAUUGUUUGAAAGAAAUUUCACCAAAACUUCUUGGUUGCUAUAAAACGUUUUCACCUACUGGCAAUGACGAUCUCCAUAGUUAUGCAUAUCCAGUUUUGUUGCCUCUGUACAGAAUCUGUGAAGGUUAUACCGGACAAGUUAUUUCAGAGGAUCUGAAACAGUUGGCUGAAAGGGUGAGUGAAAGCAUAAGAGACGUAAUCGGAGUGCAUCAUUUUGUUCAAGUUUACAGCCAAAUAAGGAAGAAUCUGAAAGUGAAGAGGGAUAAGAGGAAACAAGGAGAGAAGAUAAUGGCUGUCGUGAACCCAACACGUAAUGCCAAGAGGAAGCUUAGGAUUGCAGAAAAGCACCGGGCUCACAAGAAAAGGAAAUUCACGACCAUGAAAGUCGGGAAAUGGAGGCGUUAAGGGCAAAAUUGUCCUUUCAGUUUUGAUCUGUUUUAAUAUUUGUUAAUAGCCUUUUUUUUUAAAUGCUUCGGUAAUGAUAUCAUUAUUAUUAUUAUUAUAUUAUUUAAGUGGAAAUUAGUCUUUGGACCAUCAGUACAUCCACAUUUUGUUGUGAGUUAUAUAAAUGAGGGUCGCAUUUGAGCUGAUA